GAGUAAAAGGCUCGGUGACCUAGUCAAUACAAGAUGGCGAUUACCUUACCAGGAUUAUUAAGGAGUCGCUUUCAAGUACUUUCAAGACAAUUUUGGUUUGGUGAAGUUCAGAGUUUUUAUCCUACAUCUUGGUGUGUUUUUCAAGCACCUUUUGGAGAUAAUAGAGCAAGACUACUACAAAGAAAUCACAUAAUUCCUGGUAGAAGAUCGGCGGGGUCAUAUCUGGACAUAAACAAGCAUCACAAGGCAUAUGGCUCUCAAAUUUUAAAAUUCAAUCAUCUUCCCGUGAUUCAUAUCAAUGCAACAUAUAACAAUACAAUCAUUACAAUAAUGGACAAAAACGGAAAAACAUUGGGAUGGGUUUCAGCGGGAACAGAAGGAUUCGAGAAUGCGAGGCGAGGAAGCACUACAGCAGGCCGACAGGCUGGAAUAGCAGCUGCUCAGAAAGCAAUUUCAUUAGGAGUAGACAAAGCACGAAUAAAAGUCCGUGGUAUUGGAACUGGACGAAAGGGUGCAGUAAAUGGUAUUGAAACUGCUGGAGUGGAUGUGGUCUCAGUUACAGAUGUUACCCCUGUUCCUCAUAAUGGCUGUAGACCAAGAAAAGUUAGAAGAAUGUAAAUUGAUAAGUGUUCAAAAGGUUCUCAACUUGAGGCAGAUUUUGGUUUGCCCUCCUAUAUAUCCUGGCAACAAAAAUUGCAACAGCUGUCAGAAAUCAGUGUAUGUGUUGUAUGUGUUUACACAGGAAAGCCUUAACAGAAAGGACAAGGAACAACAUACUGUACCAGUUCUAAGGCAUUUCACUCAUUCUUGUCACUGCUGUUGCCUUUGUUCCAAUCAUGGUACUGAGUUAUGGCGUGAAAUAAGCAGCUCCAACAACUCUUAUUAAAUAAAGUUUCUCUCCAAUGUGUAACCCACCCACUAA